AUGAACAAACAAAAUAGUAAGACAGGUCCUAAACAACCUUCAGAUAUCCAACUUAAAAAAUGUUAUUACAACUCUCUUAAAACUCCAACACAAUACUCGAACACACAAAAAAGUAGGCAAUCUGUAGCAGGUAAUUACAACACAACAAACAUUCUAGAAAAGAAAUUACAAAAUGAUGCAAUGCAAAUAGCUGAUGUAGAUAUGCAAUAA